AUGGAACAUGACAUGGACGGAUUAAUUCAUGAUGUUUUUGGAGUUCAUUUGAUGGAAGAACCGACUUUUGGUGAAGGUGAAAGAAAUCCAGAAGUUGGAGAAAGCUCUAAGUUCGGAGAAAACAUAAAGUUUUAUCAAUUGGUGGAGGAUAAUGAGAAAAGGCUUUAUCCAAAUUAUUUACUAAGAGAUGCUUUACCGGAGGAAAAUGUUUUGCCGAAGUCAUACUAUGAAACAAAGAAGAUGAUUUUAGCGUUAGGUUUGGGUUAUGAGAAGAUCCAUGCGUGUCCUAAUGAUUGCAUAUUAUAUCGAAAUAAAUAUGUCAAUGAUCAAGUAUGUCCAAAGUGUGGUACGUCAAGGUGGAAAACAACAAAUGGAGAUGUACCAGCUAAUGAAAUGGGGACUUCUGAAAAGAGAAAGAACUUACCUGCAAAAAUCCUUCGAUGGUUUCCAUUGAAACAAAUGCUACAAAGAUUGUUCAUGUCCUUCGAAGUUGUUGAAUCGAUGAGAUGGCACCAAGAUGGUAGAUUGAAUGAUGGUUCUCUUAGACAUCCAGCUGACUCACUUGCUUGGAAGGAGUUUGAUGCUCGAUAUCCGACAUUUUCGUCAGAUCCUCGUAAUGUUCGACUAGGAUUGGCUUCUGAUGGGUUCAAUCCUUUCAAGACUAUGAGUAUUUCUCACAGCACUUGGCCAAUCAUUCUCAUUCCUUAUAAUCUUCCUCCUUGGAUGUGCAUGAAACAAUCAUUCUUCAUGGUAUCAUUACUAAUUCCUGGUCCUAAAAGUCCUGGAAAUAACAUUGAUAUUUAUCUACAACCAUUAGUAGAAGAGUUGCAAGAUUUAUGGAACGAUGGAAUUGAAACUUAUGAUGCCUAUAAGAGAGACAAAUUUCAACUUCGUGCUGCUGUAAUGUGGACUAUCAAUGACUUUCCAGCAUAUGCUAACCUUUCUGGAUGGAUUACUAAAGGUCAAUAUGCAUGUCCAUGUUGUGGUAUUGAAACUAAUUCACGAUGGUUAAGCAUUGGUAAAAAAAAUUUCUACAUGUGUCAUCUUCGUUGGUUAGCUCCUAGGCAUAAGUGGAGGUUGAAUGAGAAGGAUUUUGACGGAACACAGGAGUUAAGGAAUCCUCCCAAAAGACUUGAUGGGGAUGAUAUUUUAAGGCAAAUAGAUAAAUCUAGAGAUGAAGGUUUAGAGAAUGGGGCACAACCAUGGAAAAAGAAGAGCAUUUUCUUCACAUUACCUUAUUGGCAAUAUAAUGUGUUGCGUCACAAUCUUAAUGUGAUGCACAUUGAAAAAAAUGUAUGUGAUAACAUAAUUGGUACAUUGUUAAACCAAGAGGGAAAAUCCAAAGAUAAUUAUAAGGCGCGAGCUGACCUUGUAGUUAUGGGCAUAAGAAGCAUGCUUCAUCCUCAAUCGAGCCCUAAAAGGCGUACAUUUCUUUUGCCUAGAGCAUGCUAUCAAAUGACUAACAAAGAAAAAUAUGCUUUUUUGAGCAUCCUCAAGAAUGUAAAAAGUCCAGAUGAAUGUUCAUCAAGCAUCCCACGUUGUGUCCAAGUCAAUCAACGCAAGAUAUUUGGCUUAAAAAGUUAUGACUGUCAUGUUUUGAUGCAAGAGCUUCUUCCAAUAGCGUUAAGGGGUUCAUUGCCGGAUAAAGUCACUUCAGUUUUGGUUGAUCUUUGCAAUUUCUUCAAGCAAAUUUGUUCUAAGGUACUUAAUGUGGAGUAUCUAUCACAAUUGGAGUCCAAAAUAGCCACAACACUUUGUUAGUUAGAAACAAUUUUUCCACCUUCGUUUUUUACUGUGAUGGUGCAUUUGGUAAUUCAUUUGGCAAAUGAAGCAAAAGUUGCGGGACCGGUACAAUAUCGAUGGAUGUAUCCUAUUGAGAGGUAUGCAUCUUAUAUUUAUCAAUAAUUUUUUUAAGAGAGUUUUUUGGAUUAUAAGAGCAUGAUAUAUAAAAUAGACUCACUUUCAGGUUUCUUCUUACUCUUAAGUCCUUUGUACGUAAUAGAGCACAUCUAGAGGGAUCAAUUGCAAAAGGUUUUUUAGCCAAUGAAUGUUUAACAAUUUGUUCGCAAUAUCUUUCUGGAGUGGAAACUAGAUUGAAUCGACCUAGCAGAAAUGAUGAUCAAAUGGGUUCUACAUUGAAACAUGAUGAUACCUUUUUACAUCCUAUUGGAAGACCCUUAUGGAAGAAGAGAAAGCAAAAGUUAAAAUUUGGGAAGCGAAGGAGAGUGAAUGGAACUAAACUUGAUGAGAAAGAGUUAACACAAACACAUAAAUAUGUACUUUCUAAUUGUGAUGCAGUUACUCCAUAAGUAGAGUAAGACACAAAUUAUAUUUUAGUUUUAUACUAAUCACAUAUUUUUAUAAAUUUUUUAAUUCCACUAUCUUAAUUUUUAGAGAACACAUUGCACUUCUUAAAAGACAGAGUCAUCCGCGACGAAUGUCACAACAUGAAAUUGACAAACAACAUGGUCGAAAAUUUACCGAUUGGUUUAAAAAAAGGAUUCAUCGCUUGGAUGAAGAAGGGAGCCCACAAGUUACUCAUCAACUUAGAUGGUUAGCUCGUGGACCAUUUGAGUAUGUUAGAAGAUACACUGGUUAUGCAAUUAAUGGUUUUAGAUUCCACACAAAGAAGAGAGAGAGAUACUUGAAAACACAAAAUAGUGGAGUAGUUGUAAAGACCAAAACUUCAAAAGAUGAAGUUAAUUAUUAUGGGGCAGUAACUGAUAUUUUUGAGUUAGAUUAUUCUGGCAAGUACAAGGCUGUGUUGUUCAAAUGUGAUUGGGUUGAUAUUAAGAAAGGUGUCAAGAAAGAUAAGUUUGGGAUAACACUUGUAACUUUCAAAUUUUUGAAACAUACCUGAAAAGAUAUUUGUGAUGAUCCAUUUGUUUUUGCAUCACAAACUAAGAAAGUGUUUUAUGUAUAUGAUGGGAGAAACAAGGAUUGGGCUGCUGUUCUGGAUGCAAAUGUCAGAGAUGUCUAUGAUAUGGGUGAUGAUGAAUUUAAUGAAAUUGAAGAAAUUCACGAUCAAGUAAUGCAUGAUACAAGUGAAGCUACACAUGAUGUUAAUGAUUUGGUUAGGCUUGAAGUUGAGGAUGAUAACGAUUUCUUUGAAGUUGUGGUGGAUGUUAAUGGUGAUGAUGAAAAUGGUGAUGAGGAGGAAGAAUGGGAAAAUUUGUUUUAGUUAUGAUUAAUUUUGAGCAAUUUUGGUGUUGUUUUUUUUUUGUUUUGACUUGUUUUGUAGAAUCGUUGUUCUAUUUGAACUUGAUGGUUUCUUAGGUUAU